AUGCCGCGUGAACCCGAACCCUCUCUCAACGAGCGACAAUUCUUCACUCAGGCCCUGCGCCAGCAACUACGGCUAGAUGCUCGACCUUUUGAUCAAUUCCGCCCAAUUACUCUCGCUUUUGCUGAGCGCUACGGGGUAGUCGACCUCAGUCUUGGAGGCACUCGGAUUCAUGCCCAUGUCUCUGCUGAAGUGACACAGCCCUAUCCCGACAGGCCCUACGAAGGUCUCUUUACCAUUGUCACGGAGCUCUCUCCAAUGACCCACGCUCAUCUGGAGCCAGGCCGGAACUCACCCCUUGAAAUGCUCGUCUCUCGUUUACUUGAAAAAACAAUUCGUCGCUCGGGCGCUCUUGAUCCCGAAUCCCUCUGUCUCCUAGCUGGGCAAACCUGCUGGUCAAUCCGGGUCGACGUCCACGUACUCUCUGUGGAGGGAAACCUAAUAGAUGCUGCUAGCAUCGCCGUAAUUGCCGCUCUCGCUCACUUCAAGAGACCUGAAACCAAUACCGUGGGCGGAGAAGUGACUCUUUACACCCUCGCUGAGCGAGAACCCGUGCCCUUAAGUCUCUUACACUGGCCACUUUGCAUUACCUUUUCAUUCUACAAAGAUCAUAGCGAAGGAGCAUCAGGUGAAGAUACAGUACUGCUGGAUGCCAAUGAGCUGGAAGAACACAUGCGAGAAGGAAGCAUGACCAUUGGCAUGAAUAAACACGGGGAGAUCUGCCAGCUGGUAAAGCUUGGUGGAGCUCCCGUUGAUGCGGCAUCUCUCUUAAAAUGUGUCAACCUAGCGAGUAUGAAAGUUAAGGAAGUCUCCGAUAUUAUCGCCAAGCAGUUGCAAGAAGAUGCGAAAAAGCGCGAUAAAGGCGGCGUGAUGGCUGGACUUUUAAGUUCAGAGAAUGCCAGGAUACCUUCUUAA